AUGGAGCCAGGACCGUCCGUUGUGGAACCCCUGUACUUCCCAAUAAGGCCCAGAAACACAGUUCCCCAGCGUGAAGAACUGUGUGAUUCCUGUCAGGCAAUUUGUGAUCCAGGAAACACAGGUAGGAUCCACGCCCAUCUCUGUGGGCUUGUCUUUGAGUAUGAUCGGUUGGAUGGUGUUGAAUGUUAUGGUGACCUGUUGUUAUGAUGACCUGUCAGUUCAUUGACCUAUUGUUAUAAGUGGUAUCAUGAAAAUAAGACCAUCUUAAGAAGAGAGACUGAUUUUUAUUAGAAAACAUAACCUGAAACUGGAUAUCUCUUGCAGGGUUUUAUAGUCCUGAAUAUGUAAAGGAUUCGUAAUAUCAUUGACUAUGAAACCUUUUAAGUUUUUUUGUAGGAUCAGAUUAACAAAAAACAACUGGCACUCUCAUGAUCACUUCUAAUUGUACAGGAAAAAGUGAAAUAUUGCAAAAAGUAUUAAUGGUAGAAAGGUGAAAAGUACACCCCACUAGAUGGUGCUGUCAUACCAUAAUCAAAAAUUACUAUGGUUACAUUCUGACUGUAAACUUCUUUUGAGUACUUCCACAUUUCACGGGGAGGUUGUAAUACAUACAUUUUUUGGCAUUUGUCUAUCCGAAGCACCUUGACUGAUCAUUUUCCUUGUAAUGCACAUAGGACAUACAAUUUUAGCAAUUUUUUUUAUUUUUACCUUCAUCCAAGUAUUUUAGCUUCAGCUCUGUAAUAUUUUCUACAUUUUUAUGUGGGGAAGUCACUGAAGCACACCACUAGAUGGUGCUGUUUUUCCAUUAUUACAAAUGAGUCUCAUCACCCUGUGAUGAAGAAAAUGUCAAAAUGGAGAACCAACCAUCAAUGGUCACAUAUUGCCCCCUGCCCAAUUGAAAAAUAAAAGCCCUUUUUCUGUGUACGAACCAAACUUUUGAAAUAAAGAACAAUUAUGACAAACCGAAAGUUGAACAUACAGGGCUCCAGCAUCAAAAUGGAGAAUCAACUUCAAAUAGCUCCAGAGUGCCACCUUCAAAUUUAAAAAAAAAAAAAGUAAGCCCCACUCCUGUGUUUGACCAAAACCUUUGGAAUUGAUGUCACUUAUGUUUGACCUCAAGACAAACAAAAAUGGGUUCAAUGUUAAAAUUGAGGUCCUUCAAGAAAUAGCUACAUAGCACCCCCUUCAUACUUUCAAAAUGAAACCCCUGCUUCUUUGAGUGACUCAGACCAAUGGACUAACAGACACUUAUCUUGGAUCCAACUGAAAAUGGCACGACUGCGUUCUCUACAACAUUUCUAAAUGAAAGCCCUGCUCUGGUGCGCGUCCAAAACCUGUGGAAUUAGUGACACUGAAUUUGAACCUUAACACGAACAAAAGCAGUUUGAAUAUCAAAAUGGAGAUCCAUCAAAACAUGGCUCUAUGGCGCCACCUUCAAAUUUCUUCAAUGUGAACCACGCUCCCGUGUUUGACCUAAACCUAUGAAAUUGAUGACACUUAUGUUUGACCUCAAGACGAACAAAAAGGGUUUAACUGUCAUAAUGGAUAUCCAUCAUAAAAAGGCCCCAUAGCGCCCCCUUCAAAAUUUCAAAACGUAAACCCGCUCCUGUGGUCCAGACAAGUGGAUUCAAUGACACUUAUCUUGAACCCCAAGAGGAAAAGAAAUGGGUGCCAAUGUAAAAAUUGGGGACCCAUCAAAAAAUUCCUUAAUUUCUCCCUCUACAAAAUUUCAAAAUGUAAGUUCAGCUCCUGUGUUUGACCUAAACCGAGGGAUUCAAUGACACCUACGUUGGACUCAAAGUUAAACAAAAAGUUUUCCACUGUCAAAAUGGAUUUCCAACAAAAAUGUGGUCAUAGCGCCCUCUACAAAAAUUUCAGGACUCAGUGCUGUAUUUGAAGUCUGGUGUAUACCCUGUCAAUAGGAAUGGAGCCAGGACCGUCCGUUGUGGAACCCCUGUACUUCUCAAUAAGGCCCAGAAACACAGUUCCCCAGCGUGAAGAACUGUGUGAUUCCUGUCAGGCAAUUUGUGAUCCAGGAAACACAGGUAGGAUCCACGCCCAUCUCUGUGGGCUUGUCUUUGAGUAUGAUUGGUUGGAUGGUGUUGAAUGUUAUGGUGACCUGUUGUUAUGAUGACCUGUCAGUUCAUUGACCUAUUGUUAUAAGUGGUAUCAUGAAAAUAAGACCAUCUUAAGAAGAGAGACUGAUUUUUAUUAGAAAACAUAACCUGAAACUGGAUAUCUCUUGCAGGGUUUUAUAGUCCUGAAUAUGUAAAGGAUUCGUAAUAUCAUUGACUAUGAAACCUUUUAAGUUUUUUUUAUAGGAUCAGAUUAACAAAAAACAACUGGCACUCUCAUGAUCACUUCUAAUUGUACAGGAAAAAGUGAAAUAUUGCAAAAAGUAUUAAUGGUAGAAAGGUGAAAAGUACACCCCACUAGAUGGUGCUGUCAUACCAUAAUCAAAAAUUACUAUGGUUACAUUCUGACUGUAAACUUCUUUUGAGUACUUCCACAUUCCACGGGGAGGUUGUAAUACAUACAUUUUUAGGCAUUUGUCUAUCCGAAGCACCUCGACUGUUAAUUUUUUCUUGUAAUUCACAGAAGACAUACAAUUUUAGCAAUUCUUUUUUAUUUUUACCUUCAUCCAAGUAUUUUAGCUUCAGCUCUGUAAUAUUUUCUACAUUUUUAUGUGGGGAAGUCACUGAAGCACACCACUAGAUGGUGCUGUUUUUCCAUUAUUACAAAUGAGUCUCAUCACCCUGUGAUGAAGAAAAUGUCAAAAUGGAGAACCAACCAUCAAUGGUCACAUAUUGCCCCCUGCCCAAUUGAAAAAUAAAAGCCCUUUUUCUGUGUACGAACCAAACUUUUGAAAUAAAGAACAAUUAUGACAAACCGAAAGUUGAACAUACAGGGCUCCAGCAUCAAAAUGGAGAAUCAACUUCAAAUAGCUCAAGAGUGCCACCUUCAAAUUUAAAAAAAAAAAAAGUAAGCCCCACUCCUGUGUUUGACCAAAACCUUUGGAAUUGAUGUCACUUAUGUUUGACCUCAAGACAAACAAAAAUGGGUUCAAUGUUAAAAUUGAGGUCCUUCAAGAAAUAGCUACAUAGCACCCCCUUCAUACUUUCAAAAUGAAACCCCUGCUUCUUUGAGUGACUCAGACCAAUGGACUAACAGACGCUUAUCUUGGAUCCAACUGAAAAUGGCACGACUGCGUUCUCUACAACAUUUCUAAAUGAAAGCCCUGCUCUGGUGCGCGUCCAAAACCUGUGGAAUUAGUGACACUGAAUUUGAACCUUAAAACGAACAAAAGCAGUUUGAAUAUCAAAAUGGAGAUCCAUCAAAACAUGGCUCUAUGGCGCCACCUUCAAAUUUCUUCAAUGUGAACCACGCUCCCGUGUUUGACCUAAACCUAUGAAAUUGAUGACACUUAUGUUUGACCUCAAGACGAACAAAAAGGGUUUAACUGUCAUAAUGGAUAUCCAUCAUAAAAAGGCCCCAUAGCGCCCCCUUCAAAAUUUCAAAACGUAAACCCGCUCCUGUGGUCCAGACAAGUGGAUUCAAUGACACUAAUCUUGAACCCCAAGAGGAAAAGAAAUGGGUGCCAAUGUAAAAAUUGGGGACCCAUCAAAAAAUUCCUUCAUUUCUCCCUCUACAAAAUUUCAAAAUGUAAGUUCAGCUCCUGUGUUUGACCUAAACCGAGGGAUUCAAUGACACCUACGUUGGACUCAAAGUUAAACAAAAAGUUUUCCACUGUCAAAAUGGAUUUCCAACAAAAAUGUGGUCAUAGCGCCCUCUACAAAAAUUUCAGGACUCAGUGCUGUAUUUGAAGUCUGGUGUAUACCCUGUCAAUAGGAAUGGAGCCUGGACCGUCCGUUGUGGAACCCCUGUACUUCCCAAUAAGGCCCAGAAACACAGUUCCCCAGCGUGAAGAACUGUGUGAUUCCUGUCAGGCAAUUUGUGAUCCAGGAAACACAGGUAGGAUCCACGCCCAUCUCUGUGGGCUUGUCUUUGAGUAUGAUCGGUUGGAUGGUGUUGAAUGUUAUGGUGACCUGUUGUUAUGAUGACCUGUCAGUUCAUUGACCUAUUGUUAUAAGUGGUAUCAUAAAAAAAUAAGACCAUCUUAAGAAGAGAGACUGAUUUUUAUUAGAAAACAUAACCUGAAACUGGAUAUCUCUUGCAGGGUUUUAUAGUCCUGAAUAUGUAAAGGAUUCGUAAUAUCAUUGACUAUGAAACCUUUUAAGUUUUUUUUGUAGGAUCAGAUUAACAAAAAACAACUGGCACUCUCAUGAUCACUUCUAAUUGUACAGGAAAAAGUGAAAUAUUGCAAAAAGUAUUAAUGGUAGAAAGGUGAAAAGUACACCCCACUAGAUGGUGCUGUCAUACCAUAAUCAAAAAUUACUAUGGUUACAUUCUGACUGUAAACUUCUUUUGAGUACUUCCACAUUUCACGGGGAGGUUGUAAUACAUACAUUUUUUGGCAUUUGUCUAUCCGAAGCACCUUGACUGAUCAUUUUCCUUGUAAUGCACAUAGGACAUACAAUUUUAGCAAUUUUUUUUAUUUUUACCUUCAUCCAAGUAUUUUAGCUUCAGCUCUGUAAUAUUUUCUACAUUUUUAUGUGGGGAAGUCACUGAAGCACACCACUAGAUGGUGCUGUUUUUCCAUUAUUACAAAUGAGUCUCAUCACCCUGUGAUGAAGAAAAUGUCAAAAUGGAGAACCAACCAUCAAUGGUCACAUAUUGCCCCCUGCCCAAUUGAAAAAUAAAAGCCCUUUUUCUGUGUACGAACCAAACUUUUGAAAUAAAGAACAAUUAUGACAAACCGAAAGUUGAACAUACAGGGCUCCAGCAUCAAAAUGGAGAAUCAACUUCAAAUAGCUCCAGAGUGCCACCUUCAAAUUUAAAAAAAAAAAAAGUAAGCCCCACUCCUGUGUUUGACCAAAACCUUUGGAAUUGAUGUCACUUAUGUUUGACCUCAAGACAAACAAAAAUGGGUUCAAUGUUAAAAUUGAGGUCCUUCAAGAAAUAGCUACAUAGCACCCCCUUCAUACUUUCAAAAUGAAACCCCUGCUUCUUUGAGUGACUCAGACCAAUGGACUAACAGACACUUAUCUUGGAUCCAACUGAAAAUGGCACGACUGCGUUCUCUACAACAUUUCUAAAUGAAAGCCCUGCUCUGGUGCGCGUCCAAAACCUGUGGAAUUAGUGACACUGAAUUUGAACCUUAACACGAACAAAAGCAGUUUGAAUAUCAAAAUGGAGAUCCAUCAAAACAUGGCUCUAUGGCGCCACCUUCAAAUUUCUUCAAUGUGAACCACGCUCCCGUGUUUGACCUAAACCUAUGAAAUUGAUGACACUUAUGUUUGACCUCAAGACGAACAAAAAGGGUUUAACUGUCAUAAUGGAUAUCCAUCAUAAAAAGGCCCCAUAGCGCCCCCUUCAAAAUUUCAAAACGUAAACCCGCUCCUGUGGUCCAGACAAGUGGAUUCAAUGACACUUAUCUUGAACCCCAAGAGGAAAAGAAAUGGGUGCCAAUGUAAAAAUUGGGGACCCAUCAAAAAAUUCCUUAAUUUCUCCCUCUACAAAAUUUCAAAAUGUAAGUUCAGCUCCUGUGUUUGACCUAAACCGAGGGAUUCAAUGACACCUACGUUGGACUCAAAGUUAAACAAAAAGUUUUCCACUGUCAAAAUGGAUUUCCAACAAAAAUGUGGUCAUAGCGCCCUCUACAAAAAUUUCAGGACUCAGUGCUGUAUUUGAAGUCUGGUGUAUACCCUGUCAAUAGGAAUGGAGCCAGGACCGUCCGUUGUGGAACCCCUGUACUUCUCAAUAAGGCCCAGAAACACAGUUCCCCAGCGUGAAGAACUGUGUGAUUCCUGUCAGGCAAUUUGUGAUCCAGGAAACACAGGUAGGAUCCACGCCCAUCUCUGUGGGCUUGUCUUUGAGUAUGAUUGGUUGGAUGGUGUUGAAUGUUAUGGUGACCUGUUGUUAUGAUGACCUGUCAGUUCAUUGACCUAUUGUUAUAAGUGGUAUCAUGAAAAUAAGACCAUCUUAAGAAGAGAGACUGAUUUUUAUUAGAAAACAUAACCUGAAACUGGAUAUCUCUUGCAGGGUUUUAUAGUCCUGAAUAUGUAAAGGAUUCGUAAUAUCAUUGACUAUGAAACCUUUUAAGUUUUUUUUAUAGGAUCAGAUUAACAAAAAACAACUGGCACUCUCAUGAUCACUUCUAAUUGUACAGGAAAAAGUGAAAUAUUGCAAAAAGUAUUAAUGGUAGAAAGGUGAAAAGUACACCCCACUAGAUGGUGCUGUCAUACCAUAAUCAAAAAUUACUAUGGUUACAUUCUGACUGUAAACUUCUUUUGAGUACUUCCACAUUUCACGGGGAGGUUGUAAUACAUACAUUUUUUGGCAUUUGUCUAUCCGAAGCACCUUGACUGAUCAUUUUCCUUGUAAUGCACAUAGGACAUACAAUUUUAGCAAUUUUUUUUAUUUUUACCUUCAUCCAAGUAUUUUAGCUUCAGCUCUGUAAUAUUUUCUACAUUUUUAUGUGGGGAAGUCACUGAAGCACACCACUAGAUGGUGCUGUUUUUCCAUUAUUACAAAUGAGUCUCAUCACCCUGUGAUGAAGAAAAUGUCAAAAUGGAGAACCAACCAUCAAUGGUCACAUAUUGCCCCCUGCCCAAUUGAAAAAUAAAAGCCCUUUUUCUGUGUACGAACCAAACUUUUGAAAUAAAGAACAAUUAUGACAAACCGAAAGUUGAACAUACAGGGCUCCAGCAUCAAAAUGGAGAAUCAACUUCAAAUAGCUCCAGAGUGCCACCUUCAAAUUUAAAAAAAAAAAAAGUAAGCCCCACUCCUGUGUUUGACCAAAACCUUUGGAAUUGAUGUCACUUAUGUUUGACCUCAAGACAAACAAAAAUGGGUUCAAUGUUAAAAUUGAGGUCCUUCAAGAAAUAGCUACAUAGCACCCCCUUCAUACUUUCAAAAUGAAACCCCUGCUUCUUUGAGUGACUCAGACCAAUGGACUAACAGACACUUAUCUUGGAUCCAACUGAAAAUGGCACGACUGCGUUCUCUACAACAUUUCUAAAUGAAAGCCCUGCUCUGGUGCGCGUCCAAAACCUGUGGAAUUAGUGACACUGAAUUUGAACCUUAACACGAACAAAAGCAGUUUGAAUAUCAAAAUGGAGAUCCAUCAAAACAUGGCUCUAUGGCGCCACCUUCAAAUUUCUUCAAUGUGAACCACGCUCCCGUGUUUGACCUAAACCUAUGAAAUUGAUGACACUUAUGUUUGACCUCAAGACGAACAAAAAGGGUUUAACUGUCAUAAUGGAUAUCCAUCAUAAAAAGGCCCCAUAGCGCCCCCUUCAAAAUUUCAAAACGUAAACCCGCUCCUGUGGUCCAGACAAGUGGAUUCAAUGACACUUAUCUUGAACCCCAAGAGGAAAAGAAAUGGGUGCCAAUGUAAAAAUUGGGGACCCAUCAAAAAAUUCCUUAAUUUCUCCCUCUACAAAAUUUCAAAAUGUAAGUUCAGCUCCUGUGUUUGACCUAAACCGAGGGAUUCAAUGACACCUACGUUGGACUCAAAGUUAAACAAAAAGUUUUCCACUGUCAAAAUGGAUUUCCAACAAAAAUGUGGUCAUAGCGCCCUCUACAAAAAUUUCAGGACUCAGUGCUGUAUUUGAAGUCUGGUGUAUACCCUGUCAAUAGGAAUGGAGCCAGGACCGUCCGUUGUGGAACCCCUGUACUUCUCAAUAAGGCCCAGAAACACAGUUCCCCAGCGUGAAGAACUGUGUGAUUCCUGUCAGGCAAUUUGUGAUCCAGGAAACACAGGUAGGAUCCACGCCCAUCUCUGUGGGCUUGUCUUUGAGUAUGAUUGGUUGGAUGGUGUUGAAUGUUAUGGUGACCUGUUGUUAUGAUGACCUGUCAGUUCAUUGACCUAUUGUUAUAAGUGGUAUCAUGAAAAUAAGACCAUCUUAAGAAGAGAGACUGAUUUUUAUUAGAAAACAUAACCUGAAACUGGAUAUCUCUUGCAGGGUUUUAUAGUCCUGAAUAUGUAAAGGAUUCGUAAUAUCAUUGACUAUGAAACCUUUUAAGUUUUUUUUAUAGGAUCAGAUUAACAAAAAACAACUGGCACUCUCAUGAUCACUUCUAAUUGUACAGGAAAAAGUGAAAUAUUGCAAAAAGUAUUAAUGGUAGAAAGGUGAAAAGUACACCCCACUAGAUGGUGCUGUCAUACCAUAAUCAAAAAUUACUAUGGUUACAUUCUGACUGUAAACUUCUUUUGAGUACUUCCACAUUCCACGGGGAGGUUGUAAUACAUACAUUUUUAGGCAUUUGUCUAUCCGAAGCACCUCGACUGUUAAUUUUUUCUUGUAAUUCACAGAAGACAUACAAUUUUAGCAAUUCUUUUUUAUUUUUACCUUCAUCCAAGUAUUUUAGCUUCAGCUCUGUAAUAUUUUCUACAUUUUUAUGUGGGGAAGUCACUGAAGCACACCACUAGAUGGUGCUGUUUUUCCAUUAUUACAAAUGAGUCUCAUCACCCUGUGAUGAAGAAAAUGUCAAAAUGGAGAACCAACCAUCAAUGGUCACAUAUUGCCCCCUGCCCAAUUGAAAAAUAAAAGCCCUUUUUCUGUGUACGAACCAAACUUUUGAAAUAAAGAACAAUUAUGACAAACCGAAAGUUGAACAUACAGGGCUCCAGCAUCAAAAUGGAGAAUCAACUUCAAAUAGCUCAAGAGUGCCACCUUCAAAUUUAAAAAAAAAAAAAAGUAAGCCCCACUCCUGUGUUUGACCAAAACCUUUGGAAUUGAUGUCACUUAUGUUUGACCUCAAGACAAACAAAAAUGGGUUCAAUGUUAAAAUUGAGGUCCUUCAAGAAAUAGCUACAUAGCACCCCCUUCAUACUUUCAAAAUGAAACCCCUGCUUCUUUGAGUGACUCAGACCAAUGGACUAACAGACGCUUAUCUUGGAUCCAACUGAAAAUGGCACGACUGCGUUCUCUACAACAUUUCUAAAUGAAAGCCCUGCUCUGGUGCGCGUCCAAAACCUGUGGAAUUAGUGACACUGAAUUUGAACCUUAAAACGAACAAAAGCAGUUUGAAUAUCAAAAUGGAGAUCCAUCAAAACAUGGCUCUAUGGCGCCACCUUCAAAUUUCUUCAAUGUGAACCACGCUCCCGUGUUUGACCUAAACCUAUGAAAUUGAUGACACUUAUGUUUGACCUCAAGACGAACAAAAAGGGUUUAACUGUCAUAAUGGAUAUCCAUCAUAAAAAGGCCCCAUAGCGCCCCCUUCAAAAUUUCAAAACGUAAACCCGCUCCUGUGGUCCAGACAAGUGGAUUCAAUGACACUAAUCUUGAACCCCAAGAGGAAAAGAAAUGGGUGCCAAUGUAAAAAUUGGGGACCCAUCAAAAAAUUCCUUCAUUUCUCCCUCUACAAAAUUUCAAAAUGUAAGUUCAGCUCCUGUGUUUGACCUAAACCGAGGGAUUCAAUGACACCUACGUUGGACUCAAAGUUAAACAAAAAGUUUUCCACUGUCAAAAUGGAUUUCCAACAAAAAUGUGGUCAUAGCGCCCUCUACAAAAAUUUCAGGACUCAGUGCUGUAUUUGAAGUCUGGUGUAUACCCUGUCAAUAGGAAUGGAGCCAGGACCGUCCGUUGUGGAACCCCUGUACUUCCCAAUAAGGCCCAGAAACACAGUUCCCCAGCGUGAAGAACUGUGUGAUUCCUGUCAGGCAAUUUGUGAUCCAGGAAACACAGGUAGGAUCCACGCCCAUCUCUGUGGGCUUGUCUUUGAGUAUGAUCGGUUGGAUGGUGUUGAAUGUUAUGGUGACCUGUUGUUAUGAUGACCUGUCAGUUCAUUGACCUAUUGUUAUAAGUGGUAUCAUGAAAAUAAGACCAUCUUAAGAAGAGAGACUGAUUUUUAUUAGAAAACAUAACCUGAAACUGGAUAUCUCUUGCAGGGUUUUAUAGUCCUGAAUAUGUAAAGGAUUCGUAAUAUCAUUGACUAUGAAACCUUUUAAGUUUUUUUUGUAGGAUCAGAUUAACAAAAAACAACUGGCACUCUCAUGAUCACUUCUAAUUGUACAGGAAAAAGUGAAAUAUUGCAAAAAGUAUUAAUGGUAGAAAGGUGAAAAGUACACCCCACUAGAUGGUGCUGUCAUACCAUAAUCAAAAAUUACUAUGGUUACAUUCUGACUGUAAACUUCUUUUGAGUACUUCCACAUUUCACGGGGAGGUUGUAAUACAUACAUUUUUUGGCAUUUGUCUAUCCGAAGCACCUUGACUGAUCAUUUUCCUUGUAAUGCACAUAGGACAUACAAUUUUAGCAAUUUUUUUUAUUUUUACCUUCAUCCAAGUAUUUUAGCUUCAGCUCUGUAAUAUUUUCUACAUUUUUAUGUGGGGAAGUCACUGAAGCACACCACUAGAUGGUGCUGUUUUUCCAUUAUUACAAAUGAGUCUCAUCACCCUGUGAUGAAGAAAAUGUCAAAAUGGAGAACCAACCAUCAAUGGUCACAUAUUGCCCCCUGCCCAAUUGAAAAAUAAAAGCCCUUUUUCUGUGUACGAACCAAACUUUUGAAAUAAAGAACAAUUAUGACAAACCGAAAGUUGAACAUACAGGGCUCCAGCAUCAAAAUGGAGAAUCAACUUCAAAUAGCUCCAGAGUGCCACCUUCAAAUUUAAAAAAAAAAAAAGUAAGCCCCACUCCUGUGUUUGACCAAAACCUUUGGAAUUGAUGUCACUUAUGUUUGACCUCAAGACAAACAAAAAUGGGUUCAAUGUUAAAAUUGAGGUCCUUCAAGAAAUAGCUACAUAGCACCCCCUUCAUACUUUCAAAAUGAAACCCCUGCUUCUUUGAGUGACUCAGACCAAUGGACUAACAGACACUUAUCUUGGAUCCAACUGAAAAUGGCACGACUGCGUUCUCUACAACAUUUCUAAAUGAAAGCCCUGCUCUGGUGCGCGUCCAAAACCUGUGGAAUUAGUGACACUGAAUUUGAACCUUAACACGAACAAAAGCAGUUUGAAUAUCAAAAUGGAGAUCCAUCAAAACAUGGCUCUAUGGCGCCACCUUCAAAUUUCUUCAAUGUGAACCACGCUCCCGUGUUUGACCUAAACCUAUGAAAUUGAUGACACUUAUGUUUGACCUCAAGACGAACAAAAAGGGUUUAACUGUCAUAAUGGAUAUCCAUCAUAAAAAGGCCCCAUAGCGCCCCCUUCAAAAUUUCAAAACGUAAACCCGCUCCUGUGGUCCAGACAAGUGGAUUCAAUGACACUUAUCUUGAACCCCAAGAGGAAAAGAAAUGGGUGCCAAUGUAAAAAUUGGGGACCCAUCAAAAAAUUCCUUAAUUUCUCCCUCUACAAAAUUUCAAAAUGUAAGUUCAGCUCCUGUGUUUGACCUAAACCGAGGGAUUCAAUGACACCUACGUUGGACUCAAAGUUAAACAAAAAGUUUUCCACUGUCAAAAUGGAUUUCCAACAAAAAUGUGGUCAUAGCGCCCUCUACAAAAAUUUCAGGACUCAGUGCUGUAUUUGAAGUCUGGUGUAUACCCUGUCAAUAGGAAUGGAGCCAGGACCGUCCGUUGUGGAACCCCUGUACUUCUCAAUAAGGCCCAGAAACACAGUUCCCCAGCGUGAAGAACUGUGUGAUUCCUGUCAGGCAAUUUGUGAUCCAGGAAACACAGGUAGGAUCCACGCCCAUCUCUGUGGGCUUGUCUUUGAGUAUGAUUGGUUGGAUGGUGUUGAAUGUUAUGGUGACCUGUUGUUAUGAUGACCUGUCAGUUCAUUGACCUAUUGUUAUAAGUGGUAUCAUGAAAAUAAGACCAUCUUAAGAAGAGAGACUGAUUUUUAUUAGAAAACAUAACCUGAAACUGGAUAUCUCUUGCAGGGUUUUAUAGUCCUGAAUAUGUAAAGGAUUCGUAAUAUCAUUGACUAUGAAACCUUUUAAGUUUUUUUUAUAGGAUCAGAUUAACAAAAAACAACUGGCACUCUCAUGAUCACUUCUAAUUGUACAGGAAAAAGUGAAAUAUUGCAAAAAGUAUUAAUGGUAGAAAGGUGAAAAGUACACCCCACUAGAUGGUGCUGUCAUACCAUAAUCAAAAAUUACUAUGGUUACAUUCUGACUGUAAACUUCUUUUGAGUACUUCCACAUUUCACGGGGAGGUUGUAAUACAUACAUUUUUUGGCAUUUGUCUAUCCGAAGCACCUUGACUGAUCAUUUUCCUUGUAAUGCACAUAGGACAUACAAUUUUAGCAAUUUUUUUUAUUUUUACCUUCAUCCAAGUAUUUUAGCUUCAGCUCUGUAAUAUUUUCUACAUUUUUAUGUGGGGAAGUCACUGAAGCACACCACUAGAUGGUGCUGUUUUUCCAUUAUUACAAAUGAGUCUCAUCACCCUGUGAUGAAGAAAAUGUCAAAAUGGAGAACCAACCAUCAAUGGUCACAUAUUGCCCCCUGCCCAAUUGAAAAAUAAAAGCCCUUUUUCUGUGUACGAACCAAACUUUUGAAAUAAAGAACAAUUAUGACAAACCGAAAGUUGAACAUACAGGGCUCCAGCAUCAAAAUGGAGAAUCAACUUCAAAUAGCUCCAGAGUGCCACCUUCAAAUUUAAAAAAAAAAAAAAGUAAGCCCCACUCCUGUGUUUGACCAAAACCUUUGGAAUUGAUGUCACUUAUGUUUGACCUCAAGACAAACAAAAAUGGGUUCAAUGUUAAAAUUGAGGUCCUUCAAGAAAUAGCUACAUAGCACCCCCUUCAUACUUUCAAAAUGAAACCCCUGCUUCUUUGAGUGACUCAGACCAAUGGACUAACAGACACUUAUCUUGGAUCCAACUGAAAAUGGCACGACUGCGUUCUCUACAACAUUUCUAAAUGAAAGCCCUGCUCUGGUGCGCGUCCAAAACCUGUGGAAUUAGUGACACUGAAUUUGAACCUUAACACGAACAAAAGCAGUUUGAAUAUCAAAAUGGAGAUCCAUCAAAACAUGGCUCUAUGGCGCCACCUUCAAAUUUCUUCAAUGUGAACCACGCUCCCGUGUUUGACCUAAACCUAUGAAAUUGAUGUCACUUAUGUUUGACCUCAAGACGAACAAAAAGGGUUUAACUGUCAUAAUGGAUAUCCAUCAUAAAAAGGCCCCAUAGCGCCCCCUUCAAAAUUUCAAAACGUAAACCCGCUCCUGUGGUCCAGACAAGUGGAUUCAAUGACACUUAUCUUGAACCCCAAGAGGAAAAGAAAUGGGUUCCAAUGUAAAAAUUGGGGACCCAUCAAAAAAUUCCUUCAUUUCUCCCUCUACAAAAUUUCAAAAUGUAAGUUCAGCUCCUGUGUUUGACCUAAACCGAGGGAUUCAAUGACACCUACGUUGGACUCAAAGUUAAACAAAAAGUUUUCCACUGUCAAAAUGGAUUUCCAACAAAAAUGUGGUCAUAGCGCCCUCUACAAAAAUUUCAGGACUCAGUGCUGUAUUUGAAGUCUGGUGUAUACCCUGUCAAUAGGAAUGGAGCCAGGACCGUCCGUUGUGGAACCCCUGUACUUCCCAAUAAGGCCCAGAAACACAGUUCCCCAGCGUGAAGAACUGUGUGAUUCCUGUCAGGCAAUUUGUGAUCCAGGAAACACAGGUAGGAUCCACGCCCAUCUCUGUGGGCUUGUCUUUGAGUAUGAUUGGUUGGAUGGUGUUGAAUGUUAUGGUGACCUGUUGUUAUGAUGACCUGUCAGUUCAUUGACCUAUUGUUAUAAGUGGUAUCAUGAAAAUAAGACCAUCUUAAGAAGAGAGACUGAUUUUUAUUAGAAAACAUAACCUGAAACUGGAUAUCUCUUGCAGGGUUUUAUAGUCCUGAAUAUGUAAAGGAUUCGUAAUAUCAUUGACUAUGAAACCUUUUAAGUUUUUUUUGUAGGAUCAGAUUAACAAAAAACAACUGGCACUCUCAUGAUCACUUCUAAUUGUACAGGAAAAAGUGAAAUAUUGCAAAAAGUAUUAAUGGUAGAAAGGUGAAAAGUACACCCCACUAGAUGGUGCUGUCAUACCAUAAUCAAAAAUUACUAUGGUUACAUUCUGACUGUAAACUUCUUUUGAGUACUUCCACAUUCCACGGGGAGGUUGUAAUACAUACAUUUUUAGGCAUUUGUCUAUCCGAAGCACCUCGACUGAUCAUUUUUCCUUGUAAUGCACAGAAGACAUACAAUUUUAGCAAUUCUUUUUUAUUUUUACCUUCAUCCAAGUAUUUUAGCUUCAGCUCUGUAAUAUUUUCUAAAUUUUUAUGUGGGGAAGUCACUGAAGCACACCACUAGAUGGUGCUGUUUUUCCAUUAUUACAAAUGAGUCUCAUCACCCUGUGAUGAAGAAAAUGUCAAGAUGGAGAACCAACCAUCAAUGGUCACAUAUUGCCCCCUACCCAAUUGAAAAAUAAAAGCCCUUUUUCUGUGUACGAACCAAACUUUUGAAAUAAAGAACAAUUAUGACAAACCGAAAGUUGAACAUACAGGGCUCCAGCAUCAAAAUGGAGAAUCAACUUCAAAUAGCUCCAGAGUGCCAGCUUCAAAUUUAAAAAAAAAAAAAGUAAGCCCCACUCCUGUGUUUGACCAAAACCUUUGGAAUUGAUGUCACUUAUGUUUGACCUCAAGACAAACAAAAAUGGGUUCAAUGUCAAAAUUGAGGUCCUUUAAGAAAUAACUACAUAGCACCCCCUUCAUAAUUUCAAAAUGAAACCCCUGCUUCUUUGAGUGACUCAGACAAAUGGACUAACAGACACUUAUCUUGGAUCCAACUGAAAAUGGCACGACUGCGUUCUCUACAACAUUUCUAAAUGAAAGCCCUGCUCUGGUGCGCGUCCAAAACCUGUGGAAUUAGUGACACUGAAUUUGAACCUUAACACGAACAAAAGCAGUUUGAAUAUCAAAAUGGAGAUCCAUCAAAACAUGGCUCUAUGGCGCCACCUUCAAAUUUCUUCAAUGUGAACCACGCUCCCGUGUUUGACCUAAACCUAUGAAAUUGAUGACACUUAUGUUUGACCUCAAGACGAACAAAAAGGGUUUAACUGUCAUAAUGGAUAUCCAUCAUAAAAAGGCCCCAUAGCGCCCCCUUCAAAAUUUCAAAACGUAAACCCGCUCCUGUGGUCCAGACAAGUGGAUUCAAUGACACUUAUCUUGAACCCCAAGAGGAAAAGAAAUGGGUGCCAAUGUAAAAAUUGGGGACCCAUCAAAAAAUUCCUUAAUUUCUCCCUCUACAAAAUUUCAAAAUGUAAGUUCAGCUCCUGUGUUUGACCUAAACCGAGGGAUUCAAUGACACCUACGUUGGACUCAAAGUUAAACAAAAAGUUUUCCACUGUCAAAAUGGAUUUCCAACAAAAAUGUGGUCAUAGCGCCCUCUACAAAAAUUUCAGGACUCAGUGCUGUAUUUGAAGUCUGGUGUAUACCCUGUCAAUAGGAAUGGAGCCAGGACCGUCCGUUGUGGAACCCCUGUACUUCUCAAUAAGGCCCAGAAACACAGUUCCCCAGCGUGAAGAACUGUGUGAUUCCUGUCAGGCAAUUUGUGAUCCAGGAAACACAGGUAGGAUCCACGCCCAUCUCUGUGGGCUUGUCUUUGAGUAUGAUUGGUUGGAUGGUGUUGAAUGUUAUGGUGACCUGUUGUUAUGAUGACCUGUCAGUUCAUUGACCUAUUGUUAUAAGUGGUAUCAUGAAAAUAAGACCAUCUUAAGAAGAGAGACUGAUUUUUAUUAGAAAACAUAACCUGAAACUGGAUAUCUCUUGCAGGGUUUUAUAGUCCUGAAUAUGUAAAGGAUUCGUAAUAUCAUUGACUAUGAAACCUUUUAAGUUUUUUUUAUAGGAUCAGAUUAACAAAAAACAACUGGCACUCUCAUGAUCACUUCUAAUUGUACAGGAAAAAGUGAAAUAUUGCAAAAAGUAUUAAUGGUAGAAAGGUGAAAAGUACACCCCACUAGAUGGUGCUGUCAUACCAUAAUCAAAAAUUACUAUGGUUACAUUCUGACUGUAAACUUCUUUUGAGUACUUCCACAUUUCACGGGGAGGUUGUAAUACAUACAUUUUUUGGCAUUUGUCUAUCCGAAGCACCUUGACUGAUCAUUUUCCUUGUAAUGCACAUAGGACAUACAAUUUUAGCAAUUUUUUUUAUUUUUACCUUCAUCCAAGUAUUUUAGCUUCAGCUCUGUAAUAUUUUCUACAUUUUUAUGUGGGGAAGUCACUGAAGCACACCACUAGAUGGUGCUGUUUUUCCAUUAUUACAAAUGAGUCUCAUCACCCUGUGAUGAAGAAAAUGUCAAAAUGGAGAACCAACCAUCAAUGGUCACAUAUUGCCCCCUGCCCAAUUGAAAAAUAAAAGCCCUUUUUCUGUGUACGAACCAAACUUUUGAAAUAAAGAACAAUUAUGACAAACCGAAAGUUGAACAUACAGGGCUCCAGCAUCAAAAUGGAGAAUCAACUUCAAAUAGCUCCAGAGUGCCACCUUCAAAUUUAAAAAAAAAAAAAGUAAGCCCCACUCCUGUGUUUGACCAAAACCUUUGGAAUUGAUGUCACUUAUGUUUGACCUCAAGACAAACAAAAAUGGGUUCAAUGUUAAAAUUGAGGUCCUUCAAGAAAUAGCUACAUAGCACCCCCUUCAUACUUUCAAAAUGAAACCCCUGCUUCUUUGAGUGACUCAGACCAAUGGACUAACAGACACUUAUCUUGGAUCCAACUGAAAAUGGCACGACUGCGUUCUCUACAACAUUUCUAAAUGAAAGCCCUGCUCUGGUGCGCGUCCAAAACCUGUGGAAUUAGUGACACUGAAUUUGAACCUUAACACGAACAAAAGCAGUUUGAAUAUCAAAAUGGAGAUCCAUCAAAACAUGGCUCUAUGGCGCCACCUUCAAAUUUCUUCAAUGUGAACCACGCUCCCGUGUUUGACCUAAACCUAUGAAAUUGAUGUCACUUAUGUUUGACCUCAAGACGAACAAAAAGGGUUUAACUGUCAUAAUGGAUAUCCAUCAUAAAAAGGCCCCAUAGCGCCCCCUUCAAAAUUUCAAAACGUAAACCCGCUCCUGUGGUCCAGACAAGUGGAUUCAAUGACACUUAUCUUGAACCCCAAGAGGAGAAGAAAUGGGUUCCAAUGUAAAAAUUGGGGACCCAUCAAAAAAUUCCUUCAUUUCUCCCUCUACAAAAUUUCAAAAUGUAAGUUCAGCUCCUGUGUUUGACCUAAACCGAGGGAUUCAAUGACACCUACGUUGGACUCAAAGUUAAACAAAAAGUUUUCCACUGUCAAAAUGGAUUUCCAACAAAAAUGUGGUCAUAGCGCCCUCUACAAAAAUUUCAGGACUCAGUGCUGUAUUUGAAGUCUGGUGUAUACCCUGUCAAUAGGAAUGGAGCCAGGACCGUCCGUUGUGGAACCCCUGUACUUCCCAAUAAGGCCCAGAAACACAGUUCCCCAGCGUGAAGAACUGUGUGAUUCCUGUCAGGCAAUUUGUGAUCCAGGAAACACAGGUAGGAUCCACGCCCAUCUCUGUGGGCUUGUCUUUGAGUAUGAUUGGUUGGAUGGUGUUGAAUGUUAUGGUGACCUGUUGUUAUGAUGACCUGUCAGUUCAUUGACCUAUUGUUAUAAGUGGUAUCAUGAAAAUAAGACCAUCUUAAGAAGAGAGACUGAUUUUUAUUAGAAAACAUAACCUGAAACUGGAUAUCUCUUGCAGGGUUUUAUAGUCCUGAAUAUGUAAAGGAUUCGUAAUAUCAUUGACUAUGAAACCUUUUAAGUUUUUUUUUGUAGGAUCAGAUUAACAAAAAACAACUGGCACUCUCAUGAUCACUUCUAAUUGUACAGGAAAAAGUGAAAUAUUGCAAAAAGUAUUAAUGGUAGAAAGGUGAAAAGUACACCCCACUAGAUGGUGCUGUCAUACCAUAAUCAAAAAUUACUAUGGUUACAUUCUGACUGUAAACUUCUUUUGAGUACUUCCACAUUCCACGGGGAGGUUGUAAUACAUACAUUUUUAGGCAUUUGUCUAUCCGAAGCACCUCGACUGAUCAUUUUUCCUUGUAAUGCACAGAAGACAUACAAUUUUAGCAAUUCUUUUUUAUUUUUACCUUCAUCCAAGUAUUUUAGCUUCAGCUCUGUAAUAUUUUCUACAUUUUUAUGUGGGGAAGUCACUGAAGCACACCACUAGAUGGUGCUGUUUUUCCAUUAUUACAAAUGAGUCUCAUCACCCUGUGAUGAAGAAAAUGUCAAGAUGGAGAACCAACCAUCAAUGGUCACAUAUUGCCCCCUACCCAAUUGAAAAAUAAAAGCCCUUUUUCUGUGUACGAACCAAACUUUUGAAAUAAAGAACAAUUAUGACAAACCGAAAGUUGAACAUACAGGGCUCCAGCAUCAAAAUGGAGAAUCAACUUCAAAUAGCUCCAGAGUGCCAGCUUCAAAUUUAAAAAAAAAAAAAAGUAAGCCCCACUCCUGUGUUUGACCAAAACCUUUGGAAUUGAUGUCACUUAUGUUUGACCUCAAGACAAACAAAAAUGGGUUCAAUGUCAAAAUUGAGGUCCUUUAAGAAAUAACUACAUAGCACCCCCUUCAUAAUUUCAAAAUGAAACCCCUGCUUCUUUGAGUGACUCAGACAAAUGGACUAACAGACACUUAUCUUGGAUCCAACUGAAAAUGGCACGACUGCGUUCUCUACAACAUUUCUAAAUGAAAGCCCUGCUCUGGUGCGCGUCCAAAACCUGUGGAAUUAGUGACACUGAAGUUGAACCUUAACACGAACAAAAACAGUUUGAAUAUCAAAAUGGAGAUCCAUCAAAACAUGGCUCUAUGGCGCCACCUUCAAAUUUCUUCAGUGUGAACCACGCUCCUGUGUUUGACCGAAACCUAUGAAAUUGAUGACACUUAUGUUUGACCUCAAGAUGAACAAAAAGGGUUUAACUGUCAUAAUGGAUAUCCAUCAUAAAAAGGCCCCAUAGCGCCCCCUUCAAAAUUUCAAAACGUAAACCCGCUCCUGCGGUCCAGACAAGUGGAUUCAAUGACACUUAUCUUGAACCCCAAGAGGAAAAGAAAUGGUUGCCAAUGUAAAAAUUGGGGACCCAUCAGAAAAUUCCUUCAUUUCUCUCUCUACAAAAUUUCAAAAUGUAAGUUCAGCUCCUGUGUUUGACCUAAACCGAGGGAUUCAAUGACACCUACGUUGGACUCAAAGUUAAACAAAAAGUUUUCCACUGUCAAAAUGGAUUUCCAACAAAAAUGUGGUCAUAGCGCCCUCUACAAAAAUUUCAGGACUCAGUGCUGUAUUUGAAGUCUGGUGUAUACCCUGUCAAUAGGAAUGGAGCCAGGACCGUCCGUUGUGGAACCCCUGUACUUCUCAAUAAGGCCCAGAAACACAGUUCCCCAGCGUGAAGAACUGUGUGAUUCCUGUCAGGCAAUUUGUGAUCCAGGAAACACAGGUAGGAUCCACGCCCAUCUCUGUGGGCUUGUCUUUGAGUAUGAUCGGUUGGAUGGUGUUGAAUGUUAUGGUGACCUGUUGUUUUGAUGACCUGUCAGUUCACUGACCUAUUGUUAUAAGUGGUAUCAUAAAAAAAUAAGACCAUCUUAAGAAGAGAGACUGAUUUUUAUUAGAAAACAUAACCUGAAACUGGAUAUCUCUUGCAGGGUUUUAUAGUCUUGAAUAUGUAAAGGAUUCGUAAUAUCAUUGACUUUGAAACCAUUUAAGUUUUUUUUGUAGGAUCAGAUUAACAAAAAACAACUGGCACUCUCAUGAUCACUUCUAAUUGUACAGGAAAAAGUGAAAUAUUGCAAAAAGUAUAAAUGGUAGAAAGGUGAAAAGUACACCCCACUAGAUGGUGCUGUCAUACCAUAAUCAAAAAUUACUAUGGUUACAUUCUGACUGUAAACUUCUUUUGAGUACUUCCACAUUCCACGGGGAGGUUGUAAUACAUACAUUUUUAGGCAUUUGUCUAUCCGAAGCACCUCGACUGUUAAUUUUUUCUUGUAAUUCACAGAAGACAUACAAUUUUAGCAAUUCUUUUUUAUUUUUACCUUCAUCCAAGUAUUUUAGCUUCAGCUCUGUAAUAUUUUCUACAUUUUUAUGUGGGGAAGUCACUGAAGCACACCACUAGAUGGUGCUGUUUUUCCAUUAUUACAAAUGAGUCUCAUCACCCUGUGAUGAAGAAAAUGUCAAGAUGGAGAACCAACCAUCAAUGGUCACAUAUUGCCCCCUGCCCAAUUGAAAAAUAAAAGCCCUUUUUCUGUGUACGAACCAAACUUUUGAAAUAAAGAACAAUUAUGACAAACCGAAAGUUGAACAUACAGGGCUCCAGCAUCAAAAUGGAGAAUCAACUUCAAAUAGCUCCAGAGUGCCACCUUCAAAUUUAAAAAAAAAAAAGUAAGCCCAACUCCUGUGUUUGACCAAAACCUUUGGAAUUGAUGUCACUUAUGUUUGACCUCAAGACAAAGAAAAAUGGGUUCAAUGUCAAAAAUGUAGUCUCUUUAAGAAAUAGCUACAUAGCACCCCCUUCAUAAUUUCAAAAUGAAACCCCUGCUCCUUUGAGUGACUCAGACAAAUGGACUAACAGACACUUAUCUUGGAUCCAACUGAAAAUGGCACAACUGCGUUCUCUACAACAUUUCUAAAUGAAAGCCCUGCUCUGGUGCGUGUCCAAAACCUGUGGAAUUAGUGACACUGAAGUUGAACCUUUACACGAACAAAAACAGUUUAAAUAUCAAAAUGGAGAUCCAUCAAAACAUUGGCUCUAUGGCGCCACCUUCAAAUUUCUUCAAUGUGAACCACGCUCCUGUGUUUGACCUAAACCUAUGAAAUUGAUGACACUUAUGUUUGACCUCAAGAUGAACAAAAAGGGUUUAACUGUCAUAAUGGAUAUCCAUCAUAAAAAGGCCCCAUAGCGCCCCCUUCAAAAUUUCAAAACUUAAACCCCGCUCCUGUGGUCCAGACAAGUGGAUUCAAUGACACUUGUCUUGAACCCCAAGAGGAAAAGAAAUGGGUGCCAAUGUAAAAAUUGGGCACCCAUCAAAAAAUUCCUUAAUUUCUCCCUCUACAAAAUUUCAAAAUGUAAGUUCAGCUCCUGUGUUUGACCUAAACCGAGGGAUUCAAUGACACCUACGUUGGACUCAAAGUUAAACAAAAAGUUUUCCACUGUCAAAAUGGAUUUCCAUAAAAAUGUGGUCAUAGCGCCCUCUACAAAAAUUUCAGGACACAGUGCUGUAUUUGAAGUCUGGUGUAUACCCUGUCAAUAGGAAUGGAGCCAGGACCGUCCGUUGUGGAACCCCUGUACUUCCCAAUAA